UAAGAGUUACGCUCGGCCAUUUAUGUACAUUUUUCAAUAUUCAUCGUACCAGUUUGGAUAUAUGUAUUGAGCACGCUGCCAUCACCAGUAAAUGCCAUGGUAUCUAUGAAAUACGUGGUUGAUUUGUUGUUAGCACGCCCAUUAACUGCCUAAAAUGUAUAACCUGUACAAAACUAAUGUAAAACAGAAACUAGCCGACAACUAAAAUAGGCCACACAACAUUGGCCAUGGCAAAAGCCAAAGCGAAGCAGGAACCGCAACAGCAACGACAAACACUUCAGGCGACAUAUCGUUUUGUCCUGUUCUUCAUAGCUGGCAGCUUGGCAGCCUUUGCCUUCCAUGCGCUGACCUCGUCAUCGGGCUCCCUGAUGGGCUGGCGGCUACGACUGCAUCACCUGCCCACGGCCCAUUAUCUACAGACGCGCGACGAGUUUGCGGUAUAUUCGGUGGAUGAGCUUAAUGCAUUUAAGGAGUUUUACGACAAGAGCAUCAGUGACAGCGUGGGUGCCAGCUUCACGGAGGCGGAGCAGACCAACAUCAAGGAGGCAAUGGGCGCCCUGCGACUCGCCCAGGAAAUGUACAUGGCAGGAAAGGAUGACAAGGCAGCACGGCUGUUUGAGCACGCACUCGCACUGGCGCCCAAACAUCCGGAGGUGCUGCUGCGCUACGGCGAAUUUCUCGAGCACAAUCAGCGUAAUAUUGUACUGGCCGAUCAGUACUACUUUCAGGCACUCUGCAUCAGUCCGAGCAAUUCGGAAGCCUUGGCCAAUCGCCAGCGCACAGCGGACGUAGUACAAACACUGGAUGAGCGCCGUCUGAUAUCGCUGGAUGAGAAGCGCGACGCAUUGUCUGCCAUACACGAGGCCAACUCGGCACUACGUCGCGCCAAAAAGGAGGCAUACUUUCAGCACAUUUACCAUUCGGUCGGCAUUGAGGGCAAUACCAUGACGCUGGCACAGACGCGCUCAGUGCUGGAGACCCGCAUGGCUGUCGACGGCAAGUCGAUAGAUGAGCACAACGAAAUUCUUGGCAUGGACUUGGCCAUGAAGUACAUUAAUGCGAGUCUCGUGCAAAAAUUAGAAAUCACCCUCAAGGACAUUUUGGAGCUACAUCGCCGUGUGCUGGGCCAUGUGGAUCCCAUUGAAGGUGGCGAAUUUCGUCGCAAUCAGGUCUAUGUGGGCGGUCAUGUGCCGCCGGGCCCCGGGGAUUUGGCAAUUUUAAUGCAACGCUUCGAGCAUUGGCUAAAUUCCGAGCACAGCAAUUCGCUGCAUCCGGUCAACUAUGCAGCGCUCGCCCAUUACAAACUGGUGCACAUUCAUCCGUUUGUUGAUGGCAACGGACGCACCUCACGUCUUCUGAUGAACACGCUCCUUAUGCGCGCGGGCUACCCGCCUGUCAUCAUACCCAAACAGCAGCGGAGCAAAUACUAUCAUUUCCUUAAGCUGGCCAACGAGGGCGACAUUCGGCCCUUUGUGCGUUUCAUUGCCGAUUGCACGGAGAAGACAUUAGACUUGUAUUUGUGGGCCACCAGCGAUCUGCCACAGCAAAUUCCGAUGCUCAUCCAAACGGAGAGCGAGGGCCAUGUCUUAGCUCAGCUGCAGCCGCACAUUGCGCAAAGCAUCCCGGAGCUGCACGAGUCGGGCUCGGAUUCGGGCUCCGGCGCAGAUCCCAUUAGAGUUCCCUGACACCCAAUGCAAAGGCUGACCCAGUGGUUGCUCAAUAUUAUUAGAAGAAUGUAUAUUGUAUUUUGUGAGUUUUAGCAUCAAAUUUUUGUAUAUUUGUAAUUUAUUCAAUAACUAAACAAAGCCGUUUGUCAGACUGUGAUCGUAUUUAAGUUAAAAGAUUUAACCAAAAAUUGUAACAAAAUGCUUUAUUGAGAGCAUGAUAAUAACUAACGCACAAAGGCAAAUAAUAAUGUAUAUACGACUAUCAGUAA